AUGCAACCUAAUAGACCCGACCAUCGAUUACUAUCGCAAAGUCAUAGAGACUUUCCGGUUUCGAAUCAGGGAAGAGAAGCUAAAAAAGAGAAUGUUGAUUCCGGUAUAUUAGAAAGAACAAGAAAAAAAGUAGGUACUUAUUUCAAAAGUUCGAUUUCUAAGAAAGACCAAGAUCCAAAAAAGAGAAUGUUUAUUCCG